AUGCAUUAUGGCCCACAGUGGUUCCCGGACGACCAGGAGAUUCGCCAUGAGUUCGACGAGAACCCCGAGGGAUACGACCUACUCCCUGCGGGGGGUAUCUUUGAAACCGUACGACCGGGCGACCACGUCUGGUAUGCGGGUACGAUAGGCCCGUUGCAACAUCACGCGCCGCACCAGCAUCGCCAGUUUGAAUAUACCCCGACUGACGCUGGCAGCGACGGACCCGAGGCUCCGGACGGAGAAGGCGGCGAAGCCGAACCGCCCGCGGGGACAGACGAGCACCGCCCCGACGACCCUAACGCGCUUCUGCCUCGCAUGAACCAACAGGUUUGGCUGGGCGAAAUCCGCGGCAUCAUCAGUGUCCCGAUCCACGGCGGUUUGCGCCGGUCGUACGUCUGGAUGCGCGGAUACGGUACGGGUCUUUACCUACGUAGUGCCUUGCCGACGCGCUGGGACGCGAUCGCUGACUUGAUCAACAACAUGCAUGGCCGCGAGCACGUUAAACUUGAUACAUGGGAGUUUUGUCGGGUUCACGACAUCGUCGCCAUCGCCGAGCCCGUGCGUCUGGAUGAUGGGACGAAAGAGCUCCCUCCUCCGCUCGAGACGACGACGGCAGCGCGCGCGUUUAUAUCAAGCGGUGUUGUCCAUUUCGUGGACAAAAUACGCAACGCCACGGCGCAUCGCCCUCUGGAGUACAGGCUCCCGCCUGGCCACACUCCGAUUGCCUGCGAGCACGAGUCUUGCUCAGACCGGGCGUACAACCGCGCCAAUCACGAGAUGGCGCAAUGUGUUGUGUGUCGGAGCUGGUUUCAUAUCGACUGCUUACAGCUUGCCGAUGCUGCGGUUGACUGGGAGCGGGCGCGCUUUGGUUGGGACGGCGGGCAAGCACAGGGCCCUCCGAUCAGGCGCGAGCCUAACUUAGAUGCGGCCGAGUUUCUACCGGCGGCGCGCGGGGUCUGGAUCCGCGCGGACGUACCGACGAAGACAUGGGGUAGGGCUACUGUUGCCGUGGAGAGGGCGAAGAGGGAGGUGCUUAACGCGGACGGUGGUGUUGGCGGGGAUACGAACGGCGAUGCUUUCAAGGCGCACUUCCGCAAUGUCGUCCGAGGAGGUGUGCCAUUCGAAGGCCUUUUGUCGGGUGCUGAAUGUGAAGAGGCUCUGGCAGCCAAAGCAGCUCCGGCGCCUGCUGCCACUGUGUACCGCAGCGUGCUCGGGGAGGUAUCAGAGGCCGCUGUCAAGACCUCGCUUUCCCAGCAGUUUCUGGGCGUCGUGCCGCCGCCGCUCAAGAAGAAGAAAGUCUCCCCUCUCGUUGAGGAGGACGCGCUGAGCAUCGUCUCGAGCGAAGCGCAUGACCUCACCUCGGAGUGCGCUUCGGAGGUAGAGGGCGAGGCCGACUCUUCAAGCGCAGACGACAACACGGAGGAAGCGAAAGCAAAGGAAGCUCCAGAAGACCAGCAGAAGCGCAAGCUUGAGACGGCGUAUCCUAUUCUCGGGUGGCUAGGCAAGGACGAGAUCUUCUUGCGCGAGAUGAUCAGGCGCAAGGGCCAGGGCGACGCCUUCGAGCUCGAAGAAUGCCCGGAUUGCGGCUUACCCGGACGUCCAGAGUACAGCUGCGGCGAAUGCGAGGCAGCAGACCUUUGCCGUGAAUGUAUCAUCAAAUGGCAUCGCUAUCAGCCCUUGCACCCGAUCUUCCGGCAUAUUGCAGGUCGACCGGAACGCAUGGACCCUGCCGAUCUCGGACUCAGGAUCCAGCUCGGUCACCGGCCAGGCGUAGACUGCAAAUGGCGCGAAUCUGCGCACGUCAAUAAUUUCACCGUUCUCCAUACCACCGGUCUCCAUCGCAUACGCGUCGACUUCUGCAACUGCGACUUGGGCAAGGGCACGCCGCGAUACGUACAGCUGCUCCGACGGGGGCUAUGGCCAUCUACGGUCGAGAACCCGCAAAGCGCUACGACUUUGCAGGCGCUGGACGACUUCACCCGGCUGUCCAAUCUGGGACGACUUACCGCUUACGACUACCACCGCGCCGCGUCAGCAAAGACAGACGGGGCUGGGCUUCGAGAACUGCCGGACUUCCUCCAGCAGUUUAUGACUGCGAUCCACGAGUACCGGCACAUAAUGAUGUUCAUGCGCGCGGGCCGCGGGCACGAGCCGAAGGGUAUUGCGGGUACAGGGCCCGGUCUGUGCGUUGUUCGGUGUCCGGCGUGCCCGGACAAGAACAUGAACCUGGAGAAGGGGUGGUCUUCUCGGCCCCAGCAGUGGCUCUACCGCGGCGUAUACUCACUGGACGCCAACUUCCGCCUCUCCAAUCGCCUCUCACGCUCUACGAACAAGACGGACCCCUACCUCAACCAUGGUUGCGCAUAUAUGCCGCCUGCGCAAGACUAUCUUGACCACCUCGACCAAAUGGAUAAGGUGGAUAUCGAGGAGCCCAGCGACUGCUCGCGCUUCGGAGCCAUCAAUCAAGCGAACAUGAAAGCUGGCCGCGGUCUCAGGACGACGGGAAUGGCGGCCGUUACCUGCAAGCACGAGUUCUGGCAGCCCAACGGCAUCACAACGCUGCGUAAGGGCGAGCGAUACGUGAGCGUCGACUACGCUUUCUGUGGUGCCUUAAAGCACAGCGGCGCACCGACCGUGUUAGUCACUUAUGACAUCGCCUGCCAAUGGCACAAGAAUCUACGCAAGCGUCUGGAGAAGAUUCCGGCUCAGCGCGAGAUCUACGCGGGCGCGAUGGCGAUGCUGGAUUUCAUCUUGAAGGACAAGGCGACCUUCUGUGUGCCCAAGUUCCACUUGUACGCGCAUAAGCUACUCUGUCAGAUCAGCUACGCCAUCGGCUGGAUGAUUGGGACAGGAGCGCUGGACGGUGAAGGGCCCGAGCGCUGUUGGUCUGGAACGAACGGCGCAGCGUCGAGUCUUCGGGAGAUGGGGCCGGGUACUAUGCACGACACGAUGGACGAUAUUUGUGGGUCGUGGAACUGGGUCAAAGUCUGCGGCAUAGGUCUUUCUCUGGCGGAUCGAAUGUGGCGCGCGGUCUUGGAGGGACGUACGCAGAGCGCAAUCUUCACAGAGUUCACGGAUGCUCUCAAGUCGGAGGAGCCUGAGGCGGUGGAGAAAUGGUUGAGGAAGGCUGAGUUGUGGGAGGAGAACCGGACGAAGAACAAGAAUCCUUACCAGCCGAAGAAGAAGUCAACUACCAUCAAGCAGAUCCAACUCGAAAGCGUCUUAGCUCAGGGGCACGCCAUGACGGCUUUGGCGUCUCACGUCGGCAUCGAGGACGCUGCUGGCUUGAGCGGCGCAGCGUCUAGCUUGGAGGCUGCGUUGGCUGACAGCACCGCGGCGGAUGCGGAGAGUAAUACAAAGAAGGGGAAGGGGAAGGACAACGGGAAGGGGAAAUCAAAGGGACGGAAGGAUAAGGGGGCGGGGAGGGAAAAGUCUUCGACGGCGCCUGCGGUGACCACGAAGAGCUCAGAGGCGGCUCAUGGUUCAACACAGCCGCCACAUAUUGACUCGGAGCUCGCGACAAGCACCUCCACUCCAAUGAGUUCGCCGGGUGCUUCGAUUCCUAGUCAGGCGGCGGGCAAGGCGGUACCGGGCGAAGGCACAGCAGGCGAGGCGAUUAGCGCGCAGCUAGCGCGAAGCAGCGUGAAACGCAAGGCCCCGGAUACUGACGGCGCCGAUUACGUGCUUCCUGAAGCAGUGGAUUGGGAGGAGGAUGGGGAGAAUGGGGAGAAUGCAGGACACGAGCACGACGGCGUUGGCGUUGAGAUAGAAGGGGAUGUUGACGAGGUCGUGGCGCAAGUGAAUUUCUUGCUUCUGGCUCUGCAGAUCGAGGGCGAUCAAUAUCGCCUUGACAAGAAGAACGACGAAUUUGGCGAUACGCUCACGCAGAAUACGACGAGGGCAAAGGCGUUGAACGCGCUUGUCCGCAACAUCGAGCGAUUCCGCGAGGACCAAGAGCGCCUCAUGCCCCGUGUGCACGCUACGCUGUCGACAGAGGAGCGUAAUCCGGAGCGGGCCACCGCGGUCUCCAUGAAGCUAUGGCUACCCUCGGAUUUGGACCGGACAGACGACUGUGUACCUUCGGCGCUUCGUGCCCUCGAAAUCCGCAUAUUAUGGGCCGCCAUGUCGGACGCGUUGGAAGACCUUAUGCACCAACUACGCUUGCGCGGCUGCCUGAAUCGCUUCAAGAUCCUGAACAUCUCGGGCCAGAGAGCGAAUACGCGCGCGAGAACGGCGCAGGACGCGGUGGACUGCAACGUCAAGUUUUACGCCAAUAUGUAUGUUAGGCGCAAGACUAGAGGGUAA